AUGGCUGACAUUUCCAUGGUUGACAUCUCCAUGACUGACAUUCCCACGGCUGACGUCUCCGUGGCUGACACUCCCAUCGACCCGAUAAGCGUCGAUAUCUCACAAACAAAACAAGUUCUCGCUGCCAAGGUCCAAACUCCCAAGCCCUUUGCACGGCAGUAUCUACGGCGAGAAAUCAAUAUACUAGGACAGCUACGCCAUCCAAGCAUCGUAAGAUGCUACGGAUACAAAGAGAGCGGCCCUUCAGUGCAGAUCUUCAUGGACCUAAAAGAUUGCAAUCUGCAGGAUUUGGUCCAUCGUCAAGCGGUACCAGAGGAUGACCUAACUAUGCACGUUUAA